AUGCGUGGUGAACGAAUCGUCUGGACUCCAGAAGAGGACGAACACCUGCGCAGAGCUGUUCAAAUAUAUGGUGACAAGACGGAAAAAUGGGCAAAAAUCGCUGCAUGUGUUCCAGGAAGGACUAAUAAGAACUGCCGCAAGCGCUGGUUCCAUUCAUUGGACCCUAGCCUAAAAAAAGGAGGCUGGACUCCAGAAGAGGACCAGCUGCUCAGAACAGGUGUUCAAAAAUUCCGUGGUCAAUGGAGCAAAAUUGCAGAACGUAUCCAGGGCAGGACAGACGAUCAAUGCGCUAAGCGCUGGCGAGAGAGUUUGGACCCGGACAUCGACCGUGCAGCGUGGACACCUGAAGAUGACCUUUUGUUACUACAAAAGUUUGAGGAGUACGGGACUCAAUGGCAAAAGAUAGCCGCAGUAUCUUUCCCAGGCAGACCAGGACUCCACUGUCGAAAUCGAUGGCGUAAGAUUCAGCGAAGCUUAAACCAAAUGCAACGAGCUAACAAGCGGCGGCGAAAUCCGACAAAAGAUAGUACAUCGGGGACAGGGCAAAAUGCAGAUAUUCGUCACCCUCGCUACUUUACUAUCAUUUCAAGGCUUCACACCAUGGGACAACAGUUUUGA